AUGGCAAAGAAGAAGAACUCAAGAGUUGAGCAACAGGAAAUGGAAUUGGGCGUCGAAGAUGCAGCCACCGAAUCAGUUCAUGAGGGCAGCGGAAGGAAUGAAUCAAACCGAGAAAAGUUCUCACGGAUAGAAACCGAACUUGAGGAAAUGAGAGUAAGAAUGAGUCGGCAAGACCAGCCAUCACGUGUGGAAGAGAGGUUGUCUCGCUUUGAGGAAGCUAUGAUUCGUAUGACUGAUAACUUCACGCAAAUAAGUCACCAAUUGGGUUUCUUAACCGGCCGAAUGAAUAAAAUGGACCAAUUGUCAGAAAGUAUAGAAGGGCUAAAUCAAAGAAUGGACCGUAUGGAAAGAUCCGUUAAUCAUGGGCACAACCGAGAAGAUAAGGGAAAAGGACCUUAUGAAGAGCCUCACACAUCAUAUCAAGCUCCCAAAGAGCAUGCCGCAGCGAGUUUUGGAGGGAUUAAAAUUGGAAAAGAUAAUCAAGUUCCACCCAAAACCAAUGAAGCUCACAUGGGAAAUAAAAAGACCAUGGGAGUUAACAUGGCAACUUGUUCCAAACCACUGGUAGACAAUGAUUUUGAAGAAAUUUCAGAUGAAGAUAGUGAGAGAAUCGGACAAAGAAGUGAGAAAAAGAGGGGCCAAAGGAACAUAGAACCCAGAUCCAACAUUCGGGUUGACUUUCCUAAGUUUGAUGGCAAAAACGCCCAAGAUUGGGUGAUUAAAGCGGAGCAAUACUUUGAGUGCCAAGAAGUUAGGGAAGACAAAAAAAUUACAACGGCCAUGAUCUACUUUGAAGGGGCAGCUAUGAGGUGGUAUCGGUCGUACAAGAGGAAAAACCCGGUCAUGGUAUGGGAAACAUUUUCAAAUGCAUUACUCGCUCGCUUUGGAGUCUCGUCAUAUACUAACUAUCAUGUGGAGCUCAUCAACAUGAAACAAAUCACUACCGUGGAGGAGUUUCAAGGUCGAUUUGAGGACAUGUCAUGUAUGGUUGGAGAUUGGCCCGAACCCGCACUCAUAGGUGCAUUCAUGUCGGGAUUGAGAGAGGAUAUUAGAAUUGAGAUGCUAUCCGAGGAACAUGUAGACUUAGACAGUUGCUUUGCAAGGGCACGAGUUAUGGAGGAAAAGCUCCUCAAACGGGCAGCGUAUGAGAAAUUCUCUAAGACCGGAGGAUUCAACCAAAACAAAGGGAAUUUCAACAGGCCUACUCCUAAACCACAGCCACAAGGGUUUCCAAAGAGGGAUACACGUCCAGCCGUUAGGGACAAUGUUCCGGUUCGUUACAUCACCGCUAAGGAGAGGGAUGAAAGGUUCAAAGCCGGGCUAUGUGUGUCAUGUGAGGAAAAGUGGUUCAAGGGACACAAAUGUAAGAGGUUUCAGCUAAUGGUGGUUGUAGAGGAUGAGGACGAAGUUGAGGUUUCAAUCCCAGUUGAGGAAGAGCAACCAGUAGAACAAGAGUGCCCAACGGAAAUUGAGAAGGUGGAUGGGGUUCUUCACUCCAUGAGGGACCCAAACCGUCCUAAAGCAAUGCGUGUUCUUGGAACCAUUCAAGGGCACAGAGUCACAAUCUUGCUAGAUUCGGGAGCAACUCAUAAUUUUAUGAGUUUAGAAACGGCCAAGGAUAGCGGAUGCACAUUGGAAGAUCAAGCACCACUCACGGUCUUGGUAGGAGAUGGAACAAGGCUACCUUGCGUCCACAUUUGCCGAAACAUGGAUAUAACCGUGCAAGGGAUCCCAUACAAGAUAGAUGUCUUAGUUCUUCCGAUAAAAGGGAUGGACCUUGUUCUUGGUGUUGAUUGGUUAGAGACACUUGGGGGAAUCUACUGGGAUUUCUCCAAAAUGAAGAUGAGAUUUGAGAGGGAAGGAGGAGAUCAAGUGACACUCGAAGGAAUCCAGCCCAACUUGGAACCGAAGGCAGCCAUCAAGGCUCUCGUAGCUCAACAGCCAGCCCUCUGGCUGAUAUCGUUAGCCACUGAUGUACCUCCAAAAGGGACAGAGACCGAAGUCAUUCCCAAGGAAGUUCAGCAAGUAUUGGAUGGUUUUGAAGAUGUCUUUUCUGAACCUAAAGGGUUACCUCCUCCAAGAUCAUACGAUCACAGGAUCGUCCUAUCAAACGGGGCAGAACCGGUAAAUGUUAGGCCUUAUCGUUAUGGGUUUACACAGAAAACGGAGAUAGAGAGAUUGGUAAAAGAAAUGAUUGAAGGGGGAAUCAUUCGCCCGAGUAGCAGUCCCUUCUCCUCUCCUGUUUUGUUAGUCAAAAAGAAGGAUGAAACUUGGAGAUUUUGUGUUGAUUAUCGGGCACUUAACGAAGUCACGAUUAAGGACCGCCACCCUAUACCCGUCAUUGACGAACUCCUUGAUGAAUUGGCGGGCGCUUCCAUUUUCUCCAAGCUUGACUUAAGGGCUGGUUACCAUCAGAUACGCAUGGAUAAGCAUGACGUACCCAAGACUGCAUUUAGAACUCACGAUGGGCAUUAUGAGUUCUUGGUCAUGCCCUUCGGAUUAACCAACGCCCCGGCUACAUUCCAACGAUGUAUGAAUGAUAUUUUCAGACCACAUCUGAGGGAUUUCAUUCUAGUUUUCUUCGAUGACAUUCUGGUUUACAGUCGAUCAUUAGAGCACCACAUUGUCCACUUAAGGAAGACACUACAAAUUUUGAGGCAGAAUGAACUCUUUGCAAAAGCUUCUAAGUGCAGUUUCGGUCAAGAAUCAAUCGGCUAUUUGGGACACAUAGUGUCCAAGGAAGGUGUUAGAGCUGAUCCAGAAAAGCUCCAUGCCAUGGAGCAAUGGCCUUUGCCAAAAGACCCGAGAGGAAUGAGAGGAUUUCUAGGUCUUACUGGUUACUAUCGAAGGUUUAUUCAAGGCUAUGGAUCUAUAGCCUCCCCUUUGACGAAAAUGUUGAAGAAAGGGGAGUUACCUGGACGGAUCACUCAAGGGAAGCAUUCGUAA